GAAUUACCCAAACACUUGUACUGUAAAAACGCUACUGCAAGUCUGCAACCUACACUUUCGAUGAAUACCACUUUUCUUCUCUUUUACUCCCGCCAUUGACACAGACACACACUCUCUGUGUCUCUUUCUCUAGGGCUUUCCGUCUCCUACAGUUUCACCACGCGCACAGGCGCGCACGCAGAACAUGCAACGAGCACCGCCGGAAACGCCGUCCAAAUUGUUCAAUAAGGGUGACAAAAUCGAGGUCCGGAAGCAGAACGGCGCGGUAGUAUGGCUCCCCGCCACCUUCCUCCGCUCCUCCCAGAGCCAAAUGCAGGUGCAGUUCGAGAACGCGAGCGAUAACGGCGAUCAGGCAUCGCGUUUCCGCAGGGAAAACGUUGAAUCCGGGAACGUCAGGCCGGCCCCGCCGCCAGAGCUCCACAGGUACUUGAAAGUUGGGGAAAUGGUGGAGGGCCUCUGCAGGGAGAAGAAGGGCUGGAGGAAGGGGCAUGUCGUGGAGAUACUGGAGAACUCGAGGUAUACGGUGUCGUUUGAGGGCGAGGGGCAAGAGGACUAUGUGGCCGAAAUGGAACAGUGGGAGUUGAGGGCUUUCAGGGAAUGGGUCGAUGGGUUCUGGGUCCCGCCUUUUCUUCUUCAAGAAGUAUUGCAGAGAACAUCAUCCGAGCCCGAGACCAAACCAACAGGCUUGAUAGUCAAGAUAAAAUGCAGCACGAAAGCGUCGAAGCCGAAAUUUUCUGAUGGAAUGGUAGUGGAGGUCAAAAGCAAUGAGGUCGGUUUUGAGGGUUCUCUCUACACAGCCGUAAUUGUUAAAUGCAUCUCAAACGACAAAUUUUUGGUCGAGCAUAGGGCAUUGAGAACUGCAGACAAGACCGAGCUUCUCAGAAAAGAAGUAGAUGUCUCGUGCAUCAGGCCCUUGCCCCCUUUCGUCCAACGGGUUUUACCCUAUGAAUAUUUCGAGAGAGUGGAAGCAUGGUAUAGAGAUGGCUGGUGGGCAGGCCACGUUAUCCAGGUUCUCAAUGCUUCUAGAUAUAUGGUUCAGUUUACUUAUACGAAUGAGGACAUGGUGUUCGAACAUUAUAAGUUGAGGCCACAUCAGGAAUAUGUCAACGGUAGAUGGUCUGCUUUGCCUAAGGUCAGCAUAAAUGAUGUCAAAUUGGAGACAAACAAGUGUGACCUGAAGAGAAAACGUGGUAAGAAGAGUUCGGGGCCGAUUUUCGAAAACAAGAUGGUGGUGGAAGUGAAAAGUGACGAGGAGGGUUAUCAGGGCUCAUGGUAUACUGCCACAAUUGUUUGCUCCUUAUGCAGUGAUAAGUAUUUGGUUGAGUAUCAGACUCUGAGAACAGAAGACGAGACUCAACUGCUAAAAGAAAAUGCUCAUGCUUCGUAUAUAAGGCCUUGCCCGCCUAAGAUCAUGCGAUUGGAUCGUUUUAAAAUGCUUGAGGAAGUAGACGCGUGGUAUAAUGAUGGAUGGUGGGUUGGACUUGUUUUGAAUGUUCUUGAUGGUUUGAAGUACGCAGUGUAUUUCUGGACCACUGAUGAGGAGCUUACGUUUGAUCAUUCUAAUCUGAGGCCUCAUCAGGAAUGGAUUGGUGGCAAGUGGAUUGUCUCUUUCAGGAAAAAUCUGAACUUUGUGACGAAGAACAAAUUGGGAAAGUCUAAAGAGGACAGACAAACGGGACCAGAACAAUAUUUCGCGAGCGGAAUGAAGGUAGAAGUGAGAAGUGACGAGCAAGGGUACAUUGGCUCUUGGUAUCCAGCUGCCAUUAUGAAGCCACUUGGAAACAGAAAGUAUUUGGUCGAGUACCUGACUCUGAAGGCCAAUGAUGGUGAAGCCCAGCUGCACAAAGAGGAAGCAGAUGCCUUUUGCUUGAGGCCACGGCCACCUGUGUUACAAAGGAAACAGCAUUAUAAGCCGUUUGAAGAAGUUGACGCUUGGUACAAUGAAGGUUGGUGGGUUGGUCGGGUGUACCAAGCUCUGGAGGGCAGAAAGUAUUCGGUUUAUUUUGACACGACUAAUGAGAUAUUGGAAUUUCAGCAUUCUCAGUUGAGGACUCAUCAGGAUUGGGUUGACGGGCAGUGGGUCAUUCCGAAAAAGGGUGUGAAAUCUCAUUCAAAGUAAAUUCUGACAAAUUGGGAGUCUUUUUGCCAUUUUCUUGUAGUGUUGAUGUUCUUCGGUCUUUUACUGUGAAGCAAGUAAUUUCCUCGACCGUUUUGGUUCCUCUCUUUUGUGGGUUGAGAUUUGAGUCUUCAUGCAUCUUUUGUAGGCCAAAAUACAGUUUAAACACAAUGUUUGAACAUGGAACAAUAUUUUGAGCCUGUGGGGAGGGAUCCUUUGUCUUAAAAUUGUGCUUUUCGUUUUAUGUAUGGGAUGGCUGUUUCAUACUUGAGAUGAUUUAUGAUGAUGUUAAUAUAUUGUUGCCAACAUCUGAUCUAUAAGUUAGCAUUAUUUACUCGCAAUUAGAGUUGUUAAACGAAAUUAACGGUUCGUGAGCUCUACUCGGCUAUGCUUGAGAUUUGAACAGUUCGUUAAGGCCUAGAAUAUGAAUGGUUGUAUGCAUUCGAGAUGCCG